GUGGUCCCGUUUGCCUCGCUGGUUUAUUAGGAUCCAGGUUCGACCAGAAGCUGCUGGUGAAGAAGCUUCGUGAUGGACCUGCACAAAGCAGUGUUGCUCCUGGGAGCCGUGAUCUGCAGCGGAGGUUCCACCAUCAACUCCCAGCAGAUAUGUGCCUCUGGUAACGGCAAAGGAUACAGAGGCACGAUUGCUGAGACCUGGACUGGGAAAACCUGUCAGAGUUGGUCGGAUCAGAGCCCACACCAACACAAACGCACCACAUAUUACUACCCCAAAGGCGGCCUUGAAAGCAACUACUGUCGUAACCCUGACGGCAUGCAGAGGCCCUGGUGCUACACCACCGACCCUAAGACCCGCUGGGAGUACUGCCUGGUACCGAGAUGUGAGACUUUUAAUCUACCAGAACUGAACUGCACGUCUGGUAACGGCAAAGGAUACAGAGGCACGAUUGCUGUGACCAGGACUGGUAAAACCUGUCAGCGGUGGGCGGCUCAGAGCCCACACGAACACGAGCGCACCCUGGAGAACUACCCCAACAGCGACCUUGAAAGCAACUACUGCCGUAACCCUGACGACUCAGAGAGGCCCUGGUGCUACACCACCGACCCCGACACCCGCUGGCAGUACUGCCUGGUACCGAGCUGUGCAUCAGGAGGUUCCACCGUCAACUCCCAGCAGAUAUGUGCCUCUGGUAACGGCAAAGGAUACAGAGGCACGAUUGCUGAGACCUGGACUGGGAAAACCUGUCAGAGUUGGUCGGAUCAGAGCCCACACCAACACAAACGCACCACAUAUUACUACCCCAAAGGCGGCCUUGAAAGCAACUACUGUCGUAACCCUGACGGCAUGGAGAGGCCCUGGUGCUACACCACCGACCCUGACACCCGCUGGCAGUACUGCCUGGUACCGAGAUGUGAGACUUUACAUGGACCAGACAUGUUUUGCGCCUUUGGUAACGGCAAAGCGUACAGAGGCACCAUCGCCGAGACUCGUUCUGGUAAAACCUGUCAGCGGUGGUCGGACCAGGCUCCACACCAACACGAACGCACGCUGGAGAACUACCCCCACAGCGACCUUGAGAGCAACUACUGCCGUAACCCUGACGGCUCGGACGCUCCCUGGUGUUACACCACCGACCCCUGCACGCGCUGGGAGUACUGCCAUGUUUCCGACUGUAAGAACCCACAAGGACCAGAAUCGGUGCCUGUGACCCCUCGAGACUUUAAAUAAUUCACCACUUCUUUGGGGACCUGACGUUUUUACUUCUGAUCGCAGACACUCACUGGGAACAUUUUUAAUUGAAAGUCGCUACUAACACAAAUAUUAAACUACAAUUUUGCUUAAUGUGCUGCUUUAUGUCGAUCUAAUGGGAUUUCAACAUCUUUGUAGGCUGUUCAUGGUCUUGAUAGUAAUUGAUAGUAAUGAUGUUGAGACAAUGUGUUUGUGUCCUCUCGGAAAAUCUGAACCGACAGUUUUCGCAGUCUGUUUUUGUCAGAAUCCUAGAAAGCAACAAGAAAGUAACCUUAAUUAUUUUGAGACCCUGGCGUUAAACCACCAACCUGAUACUUGAUGGAAGUAACUUUGGUAGUGGAAAGUAGCAAAGACCAGGUGAAGCAAAAGACAAUAAUGAUUUAUGAAUGCGUAGUAUUUGACAUUCUGUAUUGCCAUGUUAUUUGAUCGAAACCUAAUGGUACUUAAAGAACAAAUAUCAUGAAAUUAAGUGAUCAACAACUUACUAUAUCAGUCACCAACUGACAAUUACAAAGGUUUUUAAAAGCCUUUGAGGCCAGUUCAUAUGUUUGUACAUGAUCCUCUGUGAAAGAAGUAAUUUCCCCCCUGUUAAAAGGUGAGGUCAUUGUAAAUAUGUAUCAAUUUCAUGGCCACAUCCAGUCCUGAUUUCUGCCAGACGUUUCCAAUCAGGCACCACUCACAUAAAACCUGUGUGAUAAGGUGCGGUAGGCCAUAAUGAACACACACCAUCAUGCUGCGUUCCAGUGAGCUUCAAGAGCAAACAAGAAAGAAGAUUGUAGACAUGUCUCUUGCCACAGUAAAUGUCAAUGUUCAUGACCCCACCAUCGCAAAGACACUAAAGCAAAACUGGCAUCCAUGGAAGAGUUCUGAGGCAAAAGCCACUGUUGAUCAAAAAGAAUAUCAAGGCCCGACUCACUUCUGCCAAGAAUCAUCUUGAUUAUUAACAUGGUGGUGGAAGUGUGAUGAUCUGGCCUUGCUUUGUUUCCUCAGGAAACAAAGCCUGAUUAUUGCUGGAACCAUCAACUCUGCUCACUACCAACAAAUCCUGGCAAAGAAUGUUCGGCCGUCAGUUCGAGACCUCGAGCUAAAGCGCAACUGGGUUCUGCAGCAAGACAAUGAUCGGAAGCGAACCAGCAAAUCCACUGUCGAAUGGCUGAAAAAACAAAAUGAGGGUUUGGAGUGGCCUAGUCCCGACCUGAACCCUAUUGAGAUGCGUGGCAUGACCUUUAAAAAGGCUGUUUAUGCCCGAAAACCAUCCAGUCUGGUUGAUGUUGAACAAUUUUGCACAGAGGAGUGGGCCAAAAUCCCACUGAGCGAUGUGAAAGACUCAUCACUGCAGUUAUUGUUAAAGGUGGUUCAACCAGCUGUUUUAGGGGGGCAGGUACUUAUUCACAUGGGCUUAUGUAGGUUUAGAUGUUUUUUCCCCUAAUAAAUGACAUUUGCACUGAAAAUUG